AUGGCUGAGCUCAACAUCAUCACCAAGGCAUACCGCAAGCUAGAUCAGACCACAGCUGAGCCACUGUCUGAUGUUGAACUGGUGAUAAUCUUUGAGCCUCGUGCCGUUGACUUUAGUCUGAAAAGUCUGAAACCUGACGCCCAAGAACAUUUGGACAGCUUGCUCAGGAAGCACUUUUCUGGUGCUGGAAGUCCCCUUAAGAUCCGUCUAAAUGGCCUUUUGACAGAGCAGGCUAUCAGCAAGGUUGAGAAAAUUAGCGACGAAGACCGGGCUUUGCUCCAUAUGGCAAUCAAAGACUCCAACGGCUCCGUAGAGGACUCGAAGCUACAUGCUUCGCUCGUGGCCAGAGACCUUGCAAUGUGCCUCUGCGAACGACCAGGAACAUCCGGGCGUCACUCCAAGUUCACUGUCCUGGUGGAUAAUGAGGGGCUGCCCAAGGCGAGUCCCGUAAAUCUCAAGUGUCAUGCCCAAGAACAGCUGUUCAGCCGCACUCCUGAAGAGAUUAGGGAGUUCUAUCGUUCCAUGGAGUCGCCUAUGCCCCAACGGCGGGAGAAGAUCAGACAGUGGUACGAAAAGUGUAUCAGCGAAGCCGAUGAGAAACGGUACGACAUGGACUUCUCGGUCGACUCUCUUGAUUUGGAAAAGUUGAAAGGGCGAAUUAUGGCUGCAGGUGACGUCACGUUCAUAGAGGGCGCAUCGUUCAAGCUUCUUCGUCGUCUCGUUGAUGACUCGGCCGUAGCAGCAAAGAUGGAAUGCCUCGUUCAAGCAGGAACUUUAAACCUUGCCGGCAACAUCUUCAACGAUCAGUUCAACAUCGCCCUCGAUCCAGAGUCUGCAGAAUAUGUACUACGCAGAGCUCAUGUGUUUCGCGAUUUUAUUGCUGUACCGUCCCACACGUCUCAGGCGAUCACCUUCUCUGUUGGCAGACUGGAAGAGCAUGGCUUCUCUGGUCUUGCAAGAUGGAUCUUAUCCUUCACUCUUCGCAAUGAUCCCGCUAAAGUGUCAGAAGGAGUCGUCACUUUAAAGAGUCAGCACGGCCACGAAAGGGUCAAGUUGCCUGACCUUGCGAUGAUUCUACUCGGACUAGGCUCUGGGACGUAUCCAAGUCAAGUGGCGCGGGUAGUGUUACCCAACACGCAAAGCGGGCCAUUGCUCUUCAAGAUUUCAGAUACGGGAAUCUGCAUACUCGAACCAAAGACUGGCCACAAGUACGAGCCGGUGGACCUGGCGGAAUUUCUUAUCCAGGUACAAUAA